CCCGAGUCCGCCGGGUGCGACGAAGUUUCUGCUACAACACUCGUGGAAAUAUCCUUUUUACUUUUGUUUGUGACCGUGAUCCCCUCAAGAAAACUGACAGUAAUUUGUCAAAUUGACAAUUAUGGAGGGGCAUUUCAUGAAAGUGUGUUUGAGGGCUUGUUCGCUGUUGAGAUGUAGCAAUUUAAAUAUUGUUGCUGUAUCUGCGGUGGGCCAAAGAGCUGCUGCAUCACAGCAUGAAAGUGUUGUGAGGUUGUCCCGUAUGCUGAGCUCGGACCAUAGGAAACGUGUGAUUGCAAGUAAUAAUGUUCCUGGUCGUCAGAACAGGCAAAAUGGAUUCCUUGAAAGUGUAUUACCAAAUCAGAAGCAUUUGAGAUUGAAACAGACUCAGAAUCGCAUAAGGGAAACUCAGGAUAAAAUUAAGAAAACUCAGCAGCGUUUUAAGGAGUCUAAACAACGCAUCCUAAAUGACAUCAAGGACACUAAAACCAUGAUGAAAGAACGAAUGGAAGACAUUAUAGAACGUGAAAACAUAUAUACCAUACCUAAUGUCUUAUGUGUCACAAGAAUUGUGUUUUCACCAUACCUAGGAUAUUUAAUUAUUCAAUCAGAUUUCAAUUUGGCACUUGGGCUGCUGGUUGUAGCAGGUGUUACUGAUGCGUUAGAUGGGUGGAUUGCCAGAACAUGGAAAAGUCAGUCCUCCAAACUGGGAAGCUUCUUAGACCCAAUGGCAGACAAGGUUUUAAUUGCGACACUGUUUCUUUCACUGACUUAUGUUGAUCUCAUUCCCAUUGCCUUAACUUCCCUGAUAGUGGUUCGGGAUGUGGCCCUUGUGGCUGCUGGGUCUUACAUUCGGUACAAGUCCUUGCCAGCUCCACAUACAUUCAGAAGAUAUUUCGAUGCUACUCAUGCAACUGCUCAGCUGGCUCCAACAAAUAUUAGCAAGUUUAACACAAUGGUUCAGCUGGCAUUGGUAGCAUUCACAUUAGGCGCUCCUGUCUUCCAGUAUGUGGAUCACGCAGCUCUCCAUGGACUAUGGUAUCUAACAGCUGGAACCACUGUUGCAUCUGCUUUGAGUUAUGCAUUUUCAAAAGGAACAUACAAGUUUCUUAAAGUGAAGAGACCAUCAAGAUCAUCAAAACCAUCAUAACAAGCCUGUAACUCUAAACUGCAGAAGCAUAUGAUUGGAUAUACAUGUACGUAAAUUUUUGAGGUGAUAAGAAAUAGUUUUCUACAAUCA